GGUAUGGUGGCGGUGCUGGUGGAAGUAGUGAUGUGCUGCGGUGCUGGUGUCUCUUUCUAAUUUUCUGCAGGAUCAAGGCCCAACUGUCAGUCUAGGAACUGGAGCCGGGCCGACAGCGUUUACCAGUCGCUCACAUUCUCGAGGAAUCACUACUUUGAACUUUUUUGCUAUUUCAUGUCAAGGACCUCCAAUAGUAGUUUGACCUCCAGUGAACCCGUGACUAAGGCAGAGUGUGAGCGGACGGGCCCGGGGUCUGCGCAGCUCCACUGCUUUCUCUGCCUGUAAAGUGUGCCGAGCGCCCCUCCGCUCAGCGCUGCGCUGCCUGAGCGUCGGCGCCCCGUCUCCCACAGCUGAGAGAUACAAAGAGACCUGAGAGAGUCUGAGAGAGAGAGAGACCGCUACAGUCAUGAGGCUUUCCCUUGUGUCGGCUCCACAGCAUUACUCUUGAGGUCUGCUUUGCUCUGGUGCCAGAUCAGCGGUGCACGAUGAAAGUGAAGAGAUGAGCCUGCAGCGAGCAGCCCUGUCCCUGCAGCUCCUGCCUCUGGACGUUUACUGAUUCCUACCAGCCAGACGACGAUGCCCCUGUCUCCCAGAUAGCACUUCUGAGGACCGGGCCUUCACAGCACGCAUUGUGCACCAUGGCAGGAGAGACUCAGCGAAUGCAUGCUGUCAAAGAGCUGGCCGCUGAGUCCAAACUGCAGGAUGAAGGGACGGCGCUGGAACAGCAGAGUGACAAAGCCACAAAGGAGUUUUCGGAGCACUUUUCAAGCACAGGCACUGAGGCCAGAGCCGGCAGCAGAGGGGCCAGAGUUGAAAAACUAGAGAAGGGAAGGGACUGUCCUCAGCAGCGCGAGGCUGUCAUACGGCCACAGCAGACAGGGAAGAUUGACUUCAGGUCACUGCAGAACCGAUCCAAAUUUGCCACUGACGGGACUUGGUCGAGUGGAAAAGGCAGCCCCCAGUCCCCGAGCGGAAAGGGCCGCAGCCGAGAGAAGGCGAAGCGGUCGGGAAAGACGGAGCGUGCCAACCCGCAGCAGCUGUACAGACUUAGCAUUACGAAUCCACGCUCCAACCCCACCAUUGGUAUCGCCUACCCACAGCAGAAGGUUGCGCCACCCAAGAAGUUGGAGACCAGUCGUGGCCCGGUCUCGGGCAGCUACAGAUUCCACGUUCCCAGUAUACCGGAGAGAGAGGCCGAACUACAGCAAGAAGAGCUCAGCUACAGCCGCUGCUUCCAGGAGGCCUCCUCUAACCUCACCUCCCCAAGCUAUACCUCACAGGCACUGGGCUCCUCGAGUGGAACGUCAUCCCACCCACAUCCGCCCCUGUCACAGCAGCAGCAGCAGCCUGCCUCAAUGGAGAGCAACGGCUCCCAGCCCGGCAGCCAGCUGAUCCUGGCUGACUUUCAGCUGAGUGGCUCUAACGUGUGGCAGUCUCCUGAAAGGACUUUUAAUGGUGCUAACUACGGGGUGUCAUCGCAAAAAUCCACUGCCCUUACAGAAGCCAAUAAGGCCUUUGUGCCGGGUCCAUUUCAAUAUGGAUAUCAUUUUCUGGAAGAAUCCACCUCGGACUCUUUUCCCUGUGAACAGAACCCCCAAUCUCAAGACUUUACAGACUCCUCGCUAGGUUCUGUUCACGUGACACAAAACUCUUUUUCCUUUACGCCUGGAGAAGGGCAAAACAUCGCUCAGAACGGCACUCAGUUCGGUAAUGAACAGCAGCCGGAGGAUAGGAGCUCUUAUCCUCAACCUCCGCAGUCACAGUUUAAUCAGGGGGUCACGUCCUCCAUCCAGUGUCCGAGGAAUCUGAGCGAGGACUCGGCCAGCAGUGACAGCUCUGGCUCCAGCUCACAGCAGUCGGAGCAGGGGAAGAUUGCCCUGCUCGAGAGCACAGACACUAUUGCACAGGCAGACAGUAGGGAGGCAGCCAUCACCUCGGGGAGUAAGAGGAACUGUCAUCCUAAAGACACAGCUGCCAACCAAAGAACACUCAUUCAAGGGAGUGUGCACCAUGCGAGGAAUAUUUCACAAGGCUCCCAAAUGCACUUUCCCAGCAAAACAUUUAACAACCCUCCAGUCAGUAACAUGCACACAAGCUCAAUGCCUUUUGAUAAAAACAUCAAUAAUAAGGUUCUCAAUAGGCUAUGGGAGGGGCCCAAUAAGACAUAUACACCAAUUGACCAAAACACAAUUCAGUAUACUGAUAUGAACGACAAGUUUCAGUUUCAGAACCAGCCAGCACUUGACCAAAGGCCAAAUCCAUCUAAGAAUAGCAGACUGACCUGGCAGCAGAUACGGCCGACCCCUUCCAUAACCAACCAAAACAGAAUUGAGUUAUCGAGACCAAUAAGCAGUCAAAAACUGGCUUACAUGGUUUCCCCUUCUGACUGGCAGGAUGAUUGUAAAUCACAUAAACACGGCUCCCUGAAAAACGCCAGCUCGUUUCAGAACAGCAGAACCAGUGACGGCUUUUCAAACCAAAGACAGGAGACUGUAAAACAUAGCGGUAACACAGUCUCAACUUUUAAAGUAGAGAUGAGCCACGCACAAGUAUGUGAAUCCAAAAAUAAGGCGGUGUAUUUUGGACUCAACCAGUCUCUUCCAGCAGCAUCAAGAAACUACAGCUAUCCUCCGUUACAGGUCCCGCCUAUGGGACUUAUGAUGGUGUCACCUUAUGAAUCCCCUUUGCCCUCACCGGUUCAUAACCCAGCAUCCAGUAGCACCUGCUCCUCCCUCUCGCCGGCGUCCACCAGUCCUGUUAACAUCAGUUCAGAGGACAGUCAAAUGUCAAAGUCGGCACCCCCCCCACCCGUUCUAUCACCAAGCCAAAACGCAGUUACCCUCAGAUCACCUGAGCGCUCACCCUCACCAGUUUCAUUCUGACGCUCCACGAAACCUUCCCUACGCGCCCG